UCUACCGUCGCACACGGUCCCCCUGCAUCCAAGGAGAAUAACAAAACCCACAUCCACCGUGACGUCACACACCCGGCUUCCGCGUGGUGGUCGUGGGUAAUGUAGUUCUUGGCUCUUAUUGGUCUAAACUGCGACGCGCGGAAUUUUGUGACGGCGUCCCCACGACCCAUCCACUGUCAACAACCGGUCUAGAGAAUCUCCUACAGUUUUUCCUCCAGAAAUGUUCCGUCUCACUAUCUCUCCCUCAGUUAACACCGCGCUGUAGUUACGUCAGAUACGCAGACCAGUGCGCGUCUUCUUCUUCUUCUUCUUCUUCUUCUUCUUCUUCUUCUUCUUCUUCUUCAGUGUUUCGGCUAUGGAGGGUCGGUGUGCUGUGGAGACCUGGGCAGAGUUUGGCUCUUCAGGAACACCAUGCACACCGUGGCUCAAGGUUGGUUUUGGUACUGAUGUGCUCCUCUGCACUGGCAUCGACGAGGUCUACGUCUUCAGUUCCCGAGAAAGGAAACUCACGGCUGUCAUCGCGUGUCCCGGUCCUGUUACUGAUCUCGUUGAGAGUCAUGACACGCAGUUCCUCUACGUGGCCUGUGCAAGCGGGGUUUAUUGCGUCAGCUCACGCUUACUGGGAUCCAGAGCCGGCAGCUCCCCAGCGGAUGCCUCCCCCGGUCCAGCCGAACUGAAGCUCUCCCCCGAGCUCCUCGCCUUCGCAGAAGAAGGCGUGUUGUCGCUGCUCCUCGUCGGCUCGGUCCUCCUCACCCUCUCCCAGAGAGACUCGUCCUGGAUCCUGACUCAGUACAGAUCCUCGGACCACCAGCUGCUCAGGUCAGUCCGGGUGCCACUGGUCUCGGGAGUUGAGUCGGGGGCAAAGACGGGAAGGAGGCCGCUGCUGACCUGCGUCCAACCCCCGUCCCCCGCCACGUCGCCACCCGCCAGCGACGGCCGCCCCCGCCUGGAGCCGCUCCUCUUCAAGCUGCUGUUCGGAAUCGACGCCGCCCUCGCCAAGUCGCCGGUCGUCCUUUGCGGCCUGCCGGACGGGCGCCUGUGUUUCCUGCCGCUGCGUCCCGCCGGGUCGCGACUCGCCGUCCUUCACAGCCUCGAGCAGCCAGUGGCGUUCGUCGGAGCCUCCGGCGCCACGGAUGCCGGUGGAGGACCCGCGCGUUGUUUGGUGGCGGUGGGUGAACAAGGGAGGGUGGUGCUGAUAAAGUCCGACAAGGGCGGGUCGGAGGGAGGGGGCGGCAGAGCGGACUUCAUCGAGGGGUGUGUGCCGGGGCCUGUGACGUGUGGCUGCGUGGAUGAAAAGCGCCUUUACUACAGCACCGGGUCAGACCUGCUGGUACUGGAUCUGUCGGAGGAACCGCCGGAGAGAGAAGGCCCGAGUGCAGAGAAAGCCAGAGUGACCCCCGCAGCCCUCCGGAGCCCCUCCAGUCUAAACGUGUGCCGGGUCCUCGCCUUGGCCGAGCCCACGUGCAACGCUGCAGGGGAAGUUGAGCUGCUGGGACUGUCUGCCAGAGGGCAGCUCCAGAGGAUCACCUUACCUGUGCACAGAGAGGACGCCGCUCAGCCCGAGGCGGCGUCCACACGGGGAGGCGUCAGAGACCUCCUGUCCGCCAUCGGGGACGUCUGUGAAAGAGCGGCAGCGCUGAAAGCGGCCGUCAGAUCCAAAAACCACAUCCUGAGGCGCCUGAAUCAGGUGCUCAGCGUCAGCUUCCUGCUGACGGCCGACGCCGCAGAGCGGGACAAGCCCAUCGGGUGUCGCGCCACGGCCGGUUGGAGCAGGCUGCUGGAGGAGGACUCCAUGACCCUGACCUGCGUCCUGGACAACUCCAGCCCUUACGUGUUGGAACACGGCUGGACGCUGAGCGUCGCCGCGGCGCCUCUGUCCGCCCCGCCGGCGGCAGGAGGCCGAAGCCCCUGCGCCCAUUUUUCAUUCCCCUUCCACGGCCUCCACCCCGGGGAGACGCUGGAGGUCUCGCUGCCCCUGGCAACCGCAGGUCAACCCCCCUUCCCCGUGACGGUGAGCUGCUCGCUCACCUUCUCCCUCGCCGGCCUCCUGGGCGACGAGGCCGCCGCCGCCGCCGCCCUUCCCGGCGCGCGGCCCGGUUGCGUCAGUUUGCCGCUGUGCACGCUGACUGUGGACUGGCUGCACGCCCUGCGGGUGACAAGCCCCGCCCACGGGAAGGCCCCGUCUCAAUCCAGCAACGCGCCGGGCGCCGUCCGAGCUUUUCUAAGGUCGCGCCGGACCAGCGGCGGCGGACGGGGCGCGGUAGCGGGGGAGCGAGAGCGGCACGCGGCGAGCGUCCGGGUGUCGUCUGAGUCGCUGAGGGACGCGCCGGCGCUGAGAGGCACCCAGGUGGACGGCGAGGGCCCUCGAAACCUGGGCCUGUCUCUGCUGGAGUGGCUGCUGUCCGAAGACCACGGAGGCGUCUCAGCGGGACGCGUCCGAGGAGACGGGGACGCCCUCCGCCGCUCGGCGGUCCACGGGCGAGACCCGAGCGGACACCCGGUCCAACUGACCGCCAGAGAGGUGGCGGUGGCGGAGGAGAGGAGGACGGGGGACGAGGAGACGCUGGCCGCAGUGGAGGUCCAGGUUGAGGGCUCAUCUGUAGCGGCGGUGUGUGGACUGCAUCACGCCGUGCUGACCCGGGUUCAGGCUCUGCUGCAGACGGCGCCCCUGAAGCGAGCCGUCCCUGCAACGCGGACGCAGCGCUUAGGUCUGAGGAGGGAUCUGCAUCGGGCCGAGCGCCUGCUGCAGCAGAUCCAGCAAAGUCGGAUCUCGGGGGCCUUCGGAGUGGGCGUGUUCACGGGGCGCUCGGGCCAAUCGCUUCUCAGCGUUUACCGAGAACUCCGAGAAAACCCCCCCCUCAUGAUGUAGCCCGUAGACCUUCUCCGACUGUGCAGCCGAUGCAUGAGAACUAUGUGUCCUUAACUAUGAGAGUCUAUGAUGCAUUAUUUUGUUAUUCGUACUGUAUUGUUUCGUCUCAUUAGGUCCACUCCGGGGUGACUAUAGAGCCCAGGGGAAAUAAACAUGUCUGCAAUAACCGUCUAAAUGGGGGACUGCUGUCUCGCAGCUGUUUGACGGCGGCGGUUUCACGAUGUCGUGUCGGACCUGUUGGACGUGUCGGUGUACUGCGAUGAUUCUCCCUCCGUUGUUCUGUUCUGUCCACUAAGACGGCAUCAUGGAUGAAUACUGAACGACUCACAUGAAUAAUAUCACAAACUGACGUACAACUGCAAAAAACAACCACAGAUUGACAAAGCAACAAAAACUACAGCGUGUAAAACACGUAUAUUGUAUUAUUUGUAUUCUUAUUGACCUGCAGUUUAGUUCAUGUGGUCUGGACCGAGGUUCGGUUGAGUUCACUCUGCAUAAAACGUAGACUGGAUACAAGUUCAUAAUAUACGUUUAUACCGUCUAUGUGUAACAAACAGCACACAAUCCCUACUAUAACCCUGGAAUAAAUAUGACAUUACUCAAACAAACAGUUGUACAGUGUAUUUUUUGUAUCUUUUAUGUUGAUAAAAGACGGAAGAAAUGUAGAAAAACAAAAGCAGUCGCUUCCUAUUAGAGACGCUGCUUUGUACGUGAGCCGUGGUUACAAUAAACCCCCCCCUCAGACCGCCGUGGUGAUGACCCCCCCCCCGAGCUGCUCCUCAACCAGGAUGUGAGUGUCAUCAUUAC